AUGGCGGAGGUUCAGGCGAAGCUCCAGGCCCUCUCCGAGGACUACACGAAACUCCAGACAGAGCUCCAAGAGAUCGUAACCUCACGGCAGAAGCUCGAGGCGCAGAAGCAAGAGAACCUCGGCGUACAGAGCGAGUUUGAGAAGCUCAAGGACGAUGAGACCAUCUACAAGCUCGUCGGCCCGGUGCUUCUCAAGCAGGACAAGUUCGAGGCGGAGGGCACUGUCAACGGUCGGCUGGACUUCAUCACCAAGGAGAUCUCAAGGUUAGAGCAGCAGAUCAAGGAGACGCAGGACAAGAUCGAGAAGAAAAAGACCGAGAUCAUCCAGGUCCAGACCACUGCUCAGGCAGCACAGCCCGCUGCUGUUCAGGCGUGA